AUGUACGUCGGCCCAUGGCAGGAGUUCAAGGCCAUGGAGCGCGCGCGCAUCGCCGAGCAGCACGCGUCCAUGGCCCAGAUGGCCCAGCGCCGCGGGCAGCCCCCGGCAGACCAGAACAUGGCCGACGAGCUCGAGCGGCUGCGGCGCGCGCUGGAGCUCGUGAGCGGCGAGCUGCCGCCCGAGGCGGCGCACAAGGUCCGCGAGGCGCUCGCGCCCGUGCCCGAGGAGAACGCGCGCACGCGGAGGCCCCCGCGGCACCCCGGCGGCCUGCCCCCGGCGGCGGCCCUGCCCCCGCGGCACCCGCAGCGGCCGCCGCCGCAGAUGCACCCGGUCCAGGCGCCCGACCACGUCUACCGGCUCUCGUCGCCCCCGCCCGACCUGGACAUCUCCGCCGCCGUGCGCCUCGCCGCGGAGACCGUGUCCGGGCGGCCCAUGUCCGCGCGGUCCGCCGCGAGCUCCGCCGCGCCGUCGUCGAACGGCGUCGCCGCGCGGUCCGACGGCGGCCUCCCGCCGCGGGGCCCGAGGCGGUCCUUCGGCUCGAACGUGUCCGCCGCGCGGCGCAAGAAGCAGAAGCGCCGCGAGCAGCGCGCGCGCGGCGCGGCCGCGGCGCCGGCGGCGUCGCCCGCGGCGACGCCCCGGAGCUCGCGGUCGUCGGCGUCGGACCCCGGCGUCGCGGUCGCGGCGGCGUCGCGGCGCCUCGCGGCCAAGGGCGGCUACGACGCCGGCGCGGCGACGCGGCUGCUGCGCAUGGAGCGCCAGACGCGGCUCAAGUCCACGUACUGGAAGUGGGGCGACAAGCCGCCGCGGCCGUCGUCCGCGUCGGCGAAGAAGGCGGGCCCGCUCGUCAAGGCGAAGCGCGAGAUCGACGCCAUGCGCGCGUCCUACGUCGGCGGCUCCGAGGCGCCGCGGCAGCCCAUCGCGCUCGCGCCGCGGCCGCCGAAGCCCGCGAGCCCGCGGCGACCGCAGGGCGUCGUGGCAAAGUUCGACCUGUCGUCGGACCAGGUCGACGCCGUCGCCAAGUACUUUGGGGACGACGACGGCGGCGGCGAGUCGCCGCCCAAGCCCUGGCCCAAGUCGCCGAAGACGCCCAAGGCGCCGGGCAAGUCCAUGUCCGUGGACGAGCUCCUCUCCUGGGCCGACAACCUCGACAUCGACGGCGAGCUCGCGGCCAUCUCCCCGCCCGCGUCGGCGCGGCGGCUAUGA